AUGGAUAGGUGUUCCACGACAGGGUGUGAGGCUGCGCAGCAUGCAACGGCAGUCAGAGAAGCAGCAGUAGCCAGAGCGGUGCCAACCGUGGUAGCAGCGGUACGGACGGAGGAGCUGAACCGUGGUCACCUCUCUUCCUUUCCUCUCUACCCACUUACACCGCCGCAACGCGUCCUAAAACGCCGCGUCUCCUCUGUCUUUUUCUGCACGUACCCCCCCUCUCUCUUCCUUUCAUCAAUAUGCUUUGCUUCUCUUUUACUUACUUUAGUGACGAAAGAAAAGGAGAAAGAAUCUCUUUGUUUGCCAUUUCUCUCAUUUAUCUCUGCAUUUCAAACGCUCACCAGCUGUCAGGCCUUCUCUUUACUGAUCACUUACCGCACUAGGGCAAACGAAAAUGUGCACCUAGAGCUGCCUAAUAUGUACCUGCUCAAAGGGAACCAAGGUUUCUAG